AUGCCGAGCUUAGGAGGCCUGUUGAAAAAGCGGCGCACAAAGGACUCGCAAACUUUGUCCAAGGAGCUGCCAACAACCACCGACCGUUCCGAACAAUCUUCCUCCAACCCGGACGCUAACCCGGACAGGGCUGAAGAUCAAGGCGCCUCCAUGCAAUCCGCCGUGACGUCGCAAGGAUCUCACCAUGCCCAUCCCUCCAACAAUGCCGCCAGCAUCAACAACCUCAUAAACAACCCGGACAAUUCCGGCUCGAGUACUCAGCCCUCUGCUCAAAAUGCCAAUGCGACUCCCAAUGCGCAAACUAUUCGACAGGAGCGGACCACCAGGGGCAAGUACUCUCAAGAGGACUUCUUGCUGCAGCGAACCUUGGGUACUGGUAGCUUCGGACGUGUCCAUUUAGUCCAAUCGAAGCACAAUCAUCGAUUCUAUGCGAUGAAAGUGUUGAAGAAGGCUCAAGUGGUCAAAAUGAAGCAAAUCGAGCAUACCAACGACGAGCGACGAAUGCUCAAUCGCGUCCGUCAUCCGUUUUUGGUCACAUUAUGGGGAACCUGGCAAGACUCACGAAAUCUAUACAUGGUGAUGGACUUUGUGGAGGGUGGUGAAUUGUUCAGUUUGCUACGCAAGUCACAACGGUUUCCAAACCCAGUUGCGAAAUUUUAUGCUGCAGAAGUUACUUUAGCUUUGGAAUACCUGCACCAUCACCAGAUCAUCUAUCGAGAUCUUAAGCCCGAGAAUCUUCUCCUGGAUCGCCAUGGUCACUUGAAGAUUACAGACUUUGGUUUCGCUAAGGAUGUGCCGGAUAUCACCUGGACCCUGUGUGGAACUCCAGACUAUCUCGCCCCGGAAGUCGUUUCCUCGAAGGGAUACAACAAAUCUGUGGACUGGUGGUCAUUGGGCAUUCUUAUUUUCGAGAUGCUAUGUGGUUUCACUCCAUUCUGGGAUAGCGGGUCCCCAGUCAAGAUCUAUGAAAACAUCUUGCGUGGCAAGGUCAAAUACCCGCCAUAUCUGCAUGACGAUGCAGUCGAUUUGCUCUCGCAGUUGAUCACUGCUGAUCUUACUAAGCGUCUGGGUAACCUGCACGGUGGUCCACAAGAUGUCAAGAACCAUGCCUGGUUUGCAGAGGUCACUUGGGACCGACUGGAGCGCAAGGAUAUCGAUGCGCCCUACAUUCCUCCCAUCCGCGGUGGACAGGGAGAUGCAAGCCAAUACGACAAAUAUCCCGAAGAGACGGAACACUAUGGAAUUGAGGGCGAGGAUGCCUACGGUCAUCUUUUCCCCGAUUUCUGA